GAAACUUUUUACCGUUUGGUUGGAAGCGCGCUUCGCGAACAGCACAAUUUUCAAAUAAAUCGCCUGUCGGCCGUCGUGUUUCUGUUUUUCUCGUUUUGUUUUGUGAUUUACUCUCCUUUUGGUAUAAAUCAACGCGCGCGCCAAACUGUAAAAGGAAGCCUAGCAAAAAGGAAAAAUAUCAAAAUAAACAACAAAAAAUUUCAAAGAAAAAAAAUAAACACCAAAAACAAUAUUUGUAGUGUCUACUUUGUGUUUUUCUCGUAUGUCCGACAUUAACUGUUAACUGUAAACUGAAAAAUGGUUAAGUGAAGCAUAAUAUAAACACAAGAAAUGGCAAACAGCAAAAACAACUGUUAAUGCCCAAAGCAUAACGGAACUACAUAUUUAAAGCAAAAGCAAAAACAAAACUUAAUCGCAACAAAAAGUGUGACCAGUUUAACUAACACGUUACAAACACAUUACUUUGUAACGCGUUCGAUUUUCGUUAUAAUUUCAAUAAACGCAUCUGUGUGCGUGUGUGUGUGCUUGGUUCAGGAUCGGAGCUCCUACCCAACAGCCACCGCGCCCCCCCCUACGGCCUACUCAUGAAAUGCAAAAGUUGGUCCAAUAAAAUCAACAAUUUUGUUGUGCGAAGAUUAAAGUCCAUAAAGAUUAACGGCACACAGCAGCUUCAAUCGCCAAGCAGCGCCGCCAGCAUCGCAGCCGCCGCCGCCGUUGUCGUCUCUGCCUCGAGCAGCAGCAGCUGCAGCAGCAGCAGCGUUGCCAACAGCAGCAUAGAACAGCAGCAACAGCAACAACAACAGCAACUGAACACAACGGCAACAAUGCCGGCGAUGCCAAAAGAAAAAGCCACAACUGCCGUUUCCCUAAGCGAAUCAAAUUUCUCGGCUCUAAAGCUCAAGGAGCUGGCGGUUGUUGUUGGCGCAAUGGCCACGACAGCGACGCGACUGCAACAGCAGCAGCAGCAACAACAACAACAACAGCAACACACGUGCGGCUGUGGCGCUGCAUCGGCAGCAACAGCAACACCCACGUCGGCAACAAACACAGAGAACAACAACAAUAACAAUAACAACAGCAGCAGUCGCUACAGUCGCAGCAACAUGUUUCUGACAAACGGCUACACAUCGCCUCUGGCAGCAGCGGUGGCCAGCAACAGUUCAUCAGUCGUCUCCACGCCGCAGCGCAUCAAAAUGUGUUGUCGUGAGUCGCUGUCGUAUCAACGCCAGCUACAACAACAACAGCAGCAACAGCAACAACAACAGCAGCAGCAGCAACAACAGCAAGAGCAACAACAAACGCCGCCGCCGCCCCCUCCAGCAGCACAACAAAUACAAGCAGCGCAGCCCCCCCGCCGAUCGCCGAACGAUUUCAUCUUUGGCCGUUAUAUUGGCGAGGGUAGCUUCAGCAUGGUAUACCUUGCGGUGGACAUACACUCGCGGCGCGAGUAUGCAAUCAAAGUGUGCGAGAAGCGUCUAAUCUUGCGAGAGCACAAACAGGAUUACAUCAAGCGAGAGCGCGAAGUGAUGCACAUGAUGACCAGCGUGCCGGGCUUUGUGAAUCUGUCGUGCACGUUCCAGGACCAGCGCUCCCUCUACUUUGUCAUGACCUAUGCCCGCAAGGGCGAUCUCCUGCCCUACAUCAACCGCGUCGGCAGCUUCGACGCCGCCUGCACCCGCCACUACGCCGCCGAGCUGUUGCUCGCCUGCGAGCACAUGCAUCGCCGCAACGUGGUGCAUCGCGACCUCAAGCCCGAGAACAUACUGCUCGACGAGGAUAUGCACACGCUGAUCGCGGACUUUGGCUCCGCCAAGGUCAUGACUCCCCACGAGCGCACCCAGGCGGCCGCCCAGCUGGCCAGCACCGGCAGCCUGGACGCUGCAGCGCAGCGACGCCGACGCUCGGCGCGCAGCUCCGAUGACGAUGACGAGGACAGCGAAGAGCUGUACGAUGACCUGGACGAGGAGGAGCAGGAGCAGGAGCAGGAGGACAGACGUUUCUACUAUGCCGUCGACGACGAGGACGACGCCAACGAGGAGGAGGCGCUGCCAGCGGCCGAUGACGUUGAUGCCGCCCGUUCCCCGCGCCAUCGCCACUUCCGGAAUCCCCGGAUGCGCGCGCGACGCGGCAGCUUCGUGGGCACCGCGCAGUACGUGUCGCCCGAGGUGCUGCGCAAUGCGCCCAUUACGCCCGCCGCCGAUCUGUGGGCCCUGGGCUGCAUUGUCUACCAGAUGAUCUCGGGUCUGCCGCCGUUCCGGGGCAGCAACGAUUACUUCAUCUUCAAGGAGAUUUUGGGCUGUGCCGUUGACUUUCCGCAGGGCUUCGACAAGGAUGCCGAGGAUCUGGUCAGGCAGCUGCUCAAGGUCGAUCCGCGCGAGCGCCUGGGCGCCCAGGACGAGUUCGGCUACUACGAGAGCAUCCGGGCGCAUCCCUUCUUCGCGGGCAUCGACUGGCAAACGCUGCGCCAGCAGACGCCGCCGCCCAUCUACCCCUACCUGCCGGGCGUCAGCCAGGACGAUGCGCUGUGCAGUGCGAAUGGCACCAGCUACUGCCUGCCCAUCAGCGUCGAUCUGGAGCCGGGCCUGGAUGAGCGCCAGAUAACGCGUCUGCUCAGCGCCGAGCUGGGCGUCGGCAGCAGCGCCGCGGCGCCCGCCCACAAGCCUUCCGUGGCGAAGAAUUCGUUCGAUUUGAGCGACGCACAGAAGCAGCAGCGCCUGGAGGCACAAAAGACUGACAAGUGGCACGUGUUCGCCGACGGCGAGGUGAUCCUCAAGCGCGGAUUUGUGAACAAGCGCAAGGGUCUCUUUGCCCGCAAGCGGAUGCUCCUGCUGACGACGGGGCCGCGCCUCAUCUACAUUGAUCCCGUGCAGAUGAUCAAAAAGGGCGAAAUACCCUGGAGUCCCGAGCUGCGCGCCGAGAUUAAGAACUUUAAGAUCUUCUUUGUGCAUACGCCGAAUCGCACCUACUAUCUGGACGAUCCCGAAGGCUAUGCCAUACAGUGGGUCGAGGCCAUUGAGAACAUGUCGAAACUGAGCUACGGCGAUGCAGCUGCCGCAACGGCAGCCGAUGCUGCUCCUGCAGCUGUUUCUACAACAACCAGCAUCUCGUCCUUUGCCUGCUCGACGGGCGGCAGCAGCAACAGUUUGGCUGUCUACAGCACGCCCCUUGCCAGCUCGAAUUCACCCGCCUCCAACAACAGUUCGCCUACAGCGCGGCGCAGUUCGCCGGCAGCGCAGCGACAGAAACUGGAAACAGCAGCAGCAGCAACAACAACAACAACAGUUACGACGACAACAACAACAACAGCAGCAACAGCGUUGCGCACAUCACCGCCAACAACAACGCGCGGCAAGAAGACAGUGUCCAAUUGAACAGCUGAACACGUGUCUCGCCCAUUUCGUGACUGUUGUCGUUAUUUAGAUUUAAAUGCAAAUUAAAUUCUAAUUUAGUUGAAAUUUAGUGCAAACAUCAAAAACAACAAAAACAACUACUAGCAAAAACCUACACACACACACACACACACACACACACACACACACAAAUAGAAAUGCAAGAAUGUGUCUAGUGCUAAUUCGAAAUUUGUUUAUAUAUAUAGUACACAUAUAUAUACAUAUAUCAAAUAACAAUUUCUGUUUGUUGUGUGUCUCUCGUUUAACGUUAAACUUUUGUGCAUAUAUAUAUAUAUACAUAUAGAAAGAGAGAGAAGAAGCAGCAGCAAAAACUAAAAUAAAACACAUACAGUUGUAAGCAGAAAACACAUAUAAAAUCUAUAUAUAUAUAUAAAAACUAAAUUUAAACUAAACUAAUUUAAAUUAAAUUAAAUUAAACUAAACUAAACUAAACUAAAUUAUUACAACAACAACAACAAAUACACAUAAAACAUAUAUAUAUUUAUGAAUAUUUGUGCCCCACUGUGCGGCAAUUAGACAGACAACUGGCGCCCAUAGAUGGCGCCAGCAACUUGUAUACAUAGUUUAACUAAUUUUUUUUAGCGCGUAGUUAGUCACAAUUUAAAUGAAUUACAAUUAAAUAGCAGAAGCAGCAGCAGCAGCAGCUGAAUAGAAGCUAAAGCUGCGGCGCCAUCUGGCGGCCACAGUCUGUGCCACAGUGGGGCGCAACACUAAACUUAAGCCUAAAACUAAAUUCAAAUUGUAUUCAAUAGUUAAAAAGCGUAACUAGCAAAUGAUGUAUGUAAAAUUGUCAAACUGUAAAUUAUAUAUUUAUAUAUAUAGCAUAUAUAGCAUAUAUACAUAUAUAUAUAUACACACGUAUAACUAUAGUAAAAGGGAGUGUGUUUUUCGCCUAACUGUAAAUUGUAACUAUGUAAAUCUAUUACAUAUAUAUAAACAUAUACAUAUAAACACAUACUGUACAUUAGCUAUAUGCGCACGUCUAAAGCGAAAAUGCCUAUAAAAGUGGAAUGAGAAAAAAGAGAAGAAAAAAAAAUAUAUUAACAGUUAGCUUAGCCGAAGAUUAGGCCGAAGUGAGAGACGGGCCAAAUAGUGUAUUGUCGCUGCCGCUAGAUGGCGCCACUUGCGCCCGUCGCUCAGCUCGCUCAACAAUUUCUAGUAAGAAUUUUUUUGUAUGCUAAUUUUUUGAUUUCUACAUUUAAUUUAUAUAAUGCUUUUUUGCCCUAUAAAGAAACGUAUAAGACUUUGAGAAACUAUUUAAAAGCAGAAAUGAAAAACAAAAACAAAAACAAAAACAAGAAAACAAAAAACACAUUCAAAGAAAUACACAUAUACAUAUAUAUUAUAUACAACAAAAACUAAUGAAAAAAGUUACACAAAAAAAAGAAGCUGAAAAAGAGUAAAAAAAAAUGUUGAAAUUUAGUUGAAAUUACAUUUGGAACAAAUAACAAAAAUGUAUUUGUGUGCGUGUAUUUUGUAUACGUUUUUUUUUUCUUAUGUUCAAAUUGAAAUUUUUUGUUUUUGUUUUUUUCCUUUUGCAUUUCGCAAGCAAGAGAAUGAGAGAGAGAGAGAGAGAGCGGAGUGUGGAGAGUUACAGUUAGCUUGAAAAGUUAGAUACAAAAACAGGUAUAAAAUUGAAUUUUAACUAAAUUUAAAUGAAAAAAAAACCAAUACAACUAAAAACUGAAAAAAAAACCGCAAAAAAAAUUAAAGCUAAAAUUUGCAAUAAACUAAAAAGUUUAUUGUCACAUAAUUUUAUGUUCGGCAUUUUGGUUCGUUCAUAUAAUGAAAAAUGUUUCUAAAACUCGCGCGUAUUAGUUCAAUUGUAAAGCCUAAGUUAUGCCUAGACCACGCCCCUAACACACACACACAUACACAUACACACACACACACACACACACAUACACAUACACUCACCCUCCUUAGUCGUAAGCAUUAAAAAGCAUGUGAGAGUUAGCAAAGAAAUCAAGUGGAAAAGCAAACGUAGAAGAUGAAGAAGAAGAAGGAAGAGAGAAACAAUGAAAGAAAGCAAAAAAUACAUUUGUACAUACAUAUCGCGUCCCGCAUUUUGGUGGGCGUGGCCGUAGCAGCAAUUUAACUAUAGAUCAUUAAGUUACGCAAAGUAUACAAUUAAUUCAAUUAAAUUAAAUUAAAUUAAACUAAAUUAAAUUGUAUAAUUUAUUCAAAAAAAAAAAACAAACAAAAACAAAA